UCUGUGCAUGUCGGUCGUCAAGCGCGGUCGGUCGCGCUCGCCGCGGCACCAUGUCGCGACUGUACGCGUUGUUGUUUCUUGUGGCAUUUGACUCACUCGUGUGUGCGGACACUUCACUCGGACUGUGUAACCGGUACAAAACUUUCUGCGAGUGUCUCCCAGCUGCUCACCCGUCAUGGACUAUUGUCAACUGCACGGUACCCCGUGAUCAGACAAUAGAUAUUUUGGAAGGAGAUGUGCCCGAAUCCACGACUAACCUCAUAGUGACGGGAGCAGAAAGUGUCCUUUUUGGCGCGAACUCCUUGGCAAAACUACAAGAUGCGAGGCAUAUUUACCUAUCUGGUAAUAGAGUCGUGCUGAUGAGGAAGUUCGCAGCCAUUAAUCUCAACGUCAUCAGCGUGUACCUUGAAAUUGAGAAGAGCGACAUCCUGCGUAUAGAGGAAAGCACCUUCAGUAACAUCAAAGGGCCUUUGUCGGUAUCCAUCAGAGAUUGCGACUACGUUAAACUGGAAGGAGCAGCAUUUUCCUGGCUACUGACCAUGAGUAUUUCUAACGUUCGACAACUACAACUGAACUCUAGAGCCUUUAAGCUCGACCGCUCAGCGGCCAACGUCGGAGAGCACGGGCCAGGAAUGACGAUCGAGUUAAAAAACCUGACAAUACCAGAGUUUCCUGAAGAGGCCUUCGGGUCUUCUGCUGCUGGGAUUACUAUGGAGGGCAUUGAAGUUCGUGCGUUGAAGACCAGAUCAUUUUCAGCAAACACUUAUAACACAGUGUUGGCAGUCAAUUGUUCAUUUGCUCUUAUAGAAAGCGAUGCCUUUGCCCAAAACUCCCUUAUCAACAACCUUCACUUCUACGGGUGCAAAAUACAUCAAAUAGCAACAAAAGCUCUCCUGUCAGCUGUCGCUAGCCUGAAUAUUUCUCAUACAAGAUUUGAAAUUAUCGACACGGGGGCCAUAAACGCUACUAUUGUUGCGGUUGUCAUUCAGGAUAGCAAGUUUAACAAGUUCAUGGAAAAAGGCUUCGUUAUUUCUUCCUGGAACAAAAUUCAAAUGGAACGUAACAGCUUCGACGAACUACCCACACGUGCUGUAGUGGCUACAAGCGCAUCUGUAAAAGAACUGGUGUUUUCUGAAAAUGAAAUAGAGACAGCAAACGCCGAGAGUCUGAUGUUUAUCGGGCACGCUUACGCUAAUUCUGCCCAAAAUGUAGUCUAUAAAAACAAUUACUUCGGUACACCAUGCCAUUGUAACAUAACUCCAUGGCUUGUGAAAGUGUUGGAUGUGAGCACGGGAGAUGCGUUUAUGUCGCAGAGUUACUGUACCGUCGAUGAAUUCUUUGCUCGAUGUUUCAACGAGCCGGAACAAAAUAUGUUAUUCAAGAAAUUUUUGGAUAGCGUUUGUAAUAUAGACCCUAGCAUUAAAUGUGAGCAAUAUAAGAGUAAAAAAGGAGGAAAUGCUGUUGAAAUUAAAAAUCCCAGGUUUCCUCAUAAAAGUAACAGUCAAAGUGGUUUGAGUGAUAGAGAUAAAAAAGUGAUCGGCAUAGUUAUAGUUACCGCUUUGGGAUGUGCAAUAAUUGCAAUGUUUGUAAGCUUUAUAAGGUGGAUGAGGCGAAAAGGGUACUGUGUUACAGUGAAAAAUUUUUUGAUAUCUUCAAACUCGUCAUGUGGAACCUUUUGCGAUAGAUUCUGUGCCUGCGGUAUGAACUCUGGACUUGACAACGCGGGUUCUAUUUCCCAAUUAUCAGUAAACGAAUAUUCCGAACGCCAUCGACUCAACGAACCUCGAGCGCAAGACUUAAUUCAGGAGACUACUCUUCCCGACAUGUACACAGAACAAGUGGUACCCGUAGAAGACAAAACCUCGCAAACAUUACCAGAAGAACUGACGAAGGAGCUUUUAGAAACUUUAAAAGAGAAAUUAGAAGAUCCUGAAAACUAUGUUGAAGCUCGUGAAAUGAUAGAGCAUUUAUAUGAAUUAAUCAAAGUGGAAGAGAGUUGCAAUACUAACACACCAACCUCGAUGCCUGUUGAUGAAAACAUAUACGAACUGCCAUUCCAAAAUACUACACCAAGGAUUGGCAAAAACAAGAAACAGAUGAUCAGUGUCGGUACAAGGACACCUUCACUAGAUAAAUUAACACCACUUUCUCCAUAUAACAGGCAGACAGCGCUAGCUCACGAAUACUUCGAACCUAAAGAUUUUGCGGUUCAUUUAUAUGCCGAAAUAGCCAAUUGCGACAAGGAUAAAAAGUCGUUAUUGGGUGUUAUGCCUGAUGUUGUCGGUGAGCAAGCUGUACCUCGCGGACCGUAUCUACGAGCUGUUCGCGAAAAAAUACAUUCAACGGCCCCCACUGCUUCUUCGAGUAAAUCCUUAAGCAACUCGGCAAGUAGUCCACAACACUCAUCCACUAUAAAAUCAAACAAGUCGACAGCAUCUAACUCAUCUGGAAAGAUGAUCAAUCGACCACUACCCGAGAAGCCCAUAAGUUUAGACCCCGGCGAGGGUACGUCUUUUAAACACGGGUGAGGGUUGGACGAGGAGCUGUCGAUGCCGGUGAGCACGGACGCGGCCCGCACAGAGCGCCGUUCUGUUCCGCUGCAGCAGCAGCUCCAAUUUGCUUCCGAACAUACGGACUUCUACUGGAGUCUGGAUCCGUGCGUGACGAGUUAAGCGUGGAACACUUACGACUAAAAGUACUUGCGCGCCAAAGCUUAUGCGAUUUUUUGCCUGUGAUAUUAAUUUUGUUUAAUUGUAAUUAUUUCAAAGCCAUGCAAAUAAGUCGUGCCAGACAUGGUCGCAUGUUUAUUUGUAUAUAAUUAUAUUAAGACUAAUCGAUUUUUAGAUAAGGCUGUCACGAAUCUAUGUUCUGAAGUUGAUUAUGCUAUAAGGAUUUAAAGAAUUUAAAGGCUCAUAAGUUCUGUCACUGGCCUUUAAAAUUUAAAUUUGGAACUCCUAAAACAAAAACCGUUCUGCAUUUGAAUUUCGAAUCUUUAUUAAAUAUUUGAGUAGUAUAAUUUUGCAAUUUUCUGUUUUCUUCAACAUGGAGUGGACGCUUAAAGAUAGCCGUACCGCAAUAAUUGCACUAUAUCGUUGUGGUCACUCGCCGACUAAAAUUUUUAAGCUACUUGAAAAUUUAAAAUUCUCUCUAAGAUUUGUGUAUCGUACCAUAGAAAGAUACAGUGAGGUCUCUAGUUUAAAUGACAAGAAAAGAAGCGGUCGUCCGCGUACAGCUAGGACUCCAGCGGUUGUACAAGCAAUUAGGGCACGCAUUGCCAGAAAUCCCGCUAGGAAACAAAAAGUUAUGGCCCUCCAGAUGGGUUUGAGCAAAAACACGGUGAAAAGAGUGCUUAAUCAAGACCUGAGACUUCGUGCUUAUAAACGAAAAACUGGCCAUCUUCUCAAUGGUCGGCUUAAAGCUUUAAGGCUUAAAAGAUCUAAAGCUUUAUUGAAGAAGUACGCAAAAAAUAAGCACCGUUGUAUACUGUUUUCGGACGAGAAAAUUUUUGACAUAGAAGAAACCUGUAAUAAACAAAAUGAUAAGAGUGUACGCUCGCAAUAGUAAAGAAGCGUCUAAUAGCAUUCCCCGUAUUCAAAGAGGUCAUCACCCUUCAUCUGUGAUGGUUUGGCUGGGAGUUUCUUAUGCGGGCGUCACUAGUAUGCAUUUUUGUGAGAAAGGAGUAAAAACUAGUGCCAAAGUGUACCAAGACACGGUGUUGACUAAUAUUGUGAAACCACUAUCACAUACGAUGUUUCUAAACCAGCAUUGGGUUUUCCAGCAGGACUCUGCUCCAGCCCAUAAGGCAAAGUCUACACAAGCCUGGCUCGCCUCCAAUAAAAUCGACUUUAUACGGCAUGAAGAUUGGCCCUCCUCUAGCCCAGAUCUUAAUCCUUUAGACUAUAAAAUGUGGCAGUAUUUAGAGGAAAAGGUGUGCUCAAAACCUCAUGCAAAUCUAGACUCGCUGAAAAAAUCUCUUGCUACGGCAGUGGCCAAUAUCGACAUGAAAGUGGUCCGUGAAUCCAUUGACGACUGGCCACGAAGACUUCAAGCCUGUGUAGAUAAUUAUGGCGGUCAUUUUGAAUAAAUGUUAUACAUUUAGAUUCUCUAGUUUAUAAGCUUUCAAACGCUGUACAAAUUAUACGGAAUAAACUUAAACUUUUGAUUUUAUUUGAUACUAUGUAUAUGACAGAACUUAUGAGCCGACUAGGUACAGUAUGGAUGCUACCUUGACUUUAUUAUGCCUAUGCUAAUGUCAAAAUACCGGCUCAGUGGGCUACUACAACUAACCACCAUACCAUAAAUAUGUGACGUUUACAAACAAAAGGUAGCUAAUAAGAAACUACUGCCAUAAGGAAUGAAUUAGAUAUUCCCCUUGUCAACAAUCGAAACUGGGUUACCUUUUUGAAGAAAACCCAUAAACCACUUUCACUGCGUACUGGAUAGUAGGUAAGAUAAUCUUAGCCAUUGCAGAGUAACAAUUCCUUAAGGAAUCACUAGGUCAGCUGUAUUAGCCCUUUAAAAAGCUGUGAAAAUAUGUACACGGUGAUAUGGUGAUACAUACAUACGGAUACGGUGUACAUACGUAUUUUAAAAUGUCUUACUUUGGACACCUAUUCUGGUCCAAAACAAAGUGAUAACAUUGCUUAUAAAUUUUAUUUUAAUAAUAUGUCAAUUUAUUACUCUUAACUAAAUAAUGCUUACUAUAGUUGGUCAAGCAAAUCUUAUCAGUAGAAAAAGGCGGCAAAUUAAAAAAAAUAGGCGCGAAGGGAUAUCGUCCCAUAAAAAAUUAGAAUUUCGCGCCUUUUUCUACUGACAAGAUUUGCUUGACCAACAUUACUAUUAAUUGUAGACGUAUCACGUUGCCAUAAACAAAAUAUUUUAUAAAUUAUUGAAUUACGUUUAAGAGGCCUACUUGUUUCGUCCCUAAGGUUAGUGACUUGCUUUGAUGUAUGUAGACAUACACCGAGGUGAUUCCAUAAGUGGUCCAUUAUAUAUGAAGCACUACAAUACCCUAUGUAGGCUAAAGUGCAUUUCCAUGAUUGUAACUUAAGUAAAUGUAACAAGUUAUUAAUUAUGUGAAAAGAUAUAUUGAAAAGUCGAUUAAUAUCAUAAUAUAUCGAUAGUCAAAUUGUGUACAUUACGUAAACUAAGACCGUUCAUUCAGUUUAUCAAUAGUUUCAGAAUAGUACCUAUAAUCACAUUAUCAUAUUAUCAUAUUGAAGAAUUCCAUUAAAGUGUAUCCUGACGGUCUGUUUUCCAUGCAAAAAAAAAAUUAUCUAGUAUUUUAAAAUCAUUUUAUUUUCUUAAUGACGUUAUUUAAAUUCGUAUUAUAUAUUUUGUAAACUGAUUUAGCACAAAAGUCUAUUAACACAAAAAUAUGGUAUAUCUUCUAUUAUCUAUUGUCUAGUUUAGAAAAUCAUUUAUUUUGCAUAUUUAUACGCCAUCCGUCUGCAAGAAACAUUGAAUGAAAGUUAACCUGUGUGGAUCCACCUUAAGUAAAAUAAUAUUAUUAUAUAACGAGUAUCCACUCGAUAAAAUUUAUACAAUAUUAUAAUUAGGCCACAAUAUAUAAUAUACAUAUCUUAUUACUUAUUACGAAACACUUCAUGUAUGUAUAAACGAUGUACUAUUUAGAAAACGCCAAACACGCCUACUUCCACAUUAAAAUAAAUAUAAUAAUCAUUAGAAUAAUGACUGUGAAUUUUGUGAAAUAUAUGGAGCUUAAAUAAUAUUAUGGAUGUUAUUAUGAAAUAAAUGUUGAAUGUGCA